GAAUCCAGGAUAAACCGAGAUAAUUGCUUUAGCAGAAAUCCAAUAAAACAUUUUAUACACAUCCUUAAUUCUCAAUGUAUCGUUUCUUUUAUUUAUUUAUUUUUUUGAUAUAUCUAUUUUAGUUAAUGACAAAAAAUCCUCAAAAACGCCUUGGUUGUCAUCCAUUAGAUGGUGAACGUGAAAUAAAAGAACAUCCAUUUUUUCGUCGUAUUGAUUGGCAAAAAAUUGAAGCACGUGAAGUUCAACCACCAUUUAAACCUAAAAUUGCAAGUUAUCAUGAUACAUCAAAUUUUGAGGAAGAAUUUACAACUGAACCUCUUAAAUUCACGCCUUGUGACAAACAACUUAUUAUGAAUAUUGAUCAAAAUGAAUUUGCAUCAUUUUCACAUGUUAAUACGGUAUAUGAAAUAACACCACCUGUAACUUUCGUUACUUUUUAA